AUGAUCUGGCCUUCUGCGCUUAUCAAAUCUUUCUGUGAAACAAAACAGCUUCCAGACCUUCCUGAAGAGAAACCUCGCAGAUUCGAGAGUUACUUCCGCAGCGCUACCGAAGAACGGGGGGCUAAAGAACGCUUCGCGCAAUCUGUCAAACACUGGGUAGUUUGUAACCCAUCUGAGCUGAUCGCUGGGUUGAAAGAGCAGCCGGAAAGGGAUGACGAAGAAGAAAUAUUAACCAUCUGCGAGAGCCGUUACAAUCACGACAGAAUUCUGCUGGGAUCUUUGGUCAAGGGCGCUUCUCAGCAUCCGCUGUACGAAGAAUUCAAACCACAAUGUCGGUCCUUGGAAAUGGGCACCAAGUAUAUAGAGCAUGCCCUUGCUGUCCCUCUUCUGUGGGAGCUCAAGAAUAAGGCAUCAUUGCCAAAAACCGUUGUAGUAGCGCAUGUGCUUCUCGAGAGUGGUCGAAGCUUCGUCCACAAACUCGAGAAGAUAGGAAAACUCCCGCUCAGCUGUCGGACUCUCGUUCUAAGACGCGCCAACGAGGUUCUUGACGCGUUAGUCGAUCUAGCACGGGUAUGGGCUUUCUCCUGGGAACAUGAAAAGCUUGUGCAGCUGCUUGUCGUCAAGCUGCGCAUAUUCCGCUCCAACAAGACUUUCGAUAUCUAUUCUCAGUCUCCCUGGGUUGCAGGAAGCCAGAUGUCUGCUAUAUCAGACCUUUCGCUUUUCGUUGGACUCGAAAUACUUGGCAGAAGGAAUUGCUUCGGGGCCGUCAUACAUCUCUACAACAUGUUGCAGCAGGUCCUGGCCGAAUAUGCCGAAAUUCCGAUAUUGGAGCAUCUGAAGGCUCUGUUCAGGUCGAAAGUGUUUUCAUGCAACCAGGAUCCGCGAAGGGGCUUCGGCAAUAUCUUUGACUUGUUUCGUGGAGGUGUCAAGACGUGCAAAGACCCAGAAACUGGCAUCAGGAUGAUCGGUCGAGAUCAACGAAGAAAACUUGGUCGCGAGAAAGAGGAAGGGUCGAAGUUUUCACUAACACGGAUGUCUCUGGCAGCACAUGAAAGUUUCUUUAGGAACUACGAAUUCCGUCCCGAAUUCAUGCAUCGGCUUGCCGUAGAUCCUAAAGUACGUUGGAGACAUGUGAAACUCUUCGACAGCUACUCGCCAUCGGAGCUCGUCCAUCGUGCGCAAGAAAUUCUUCGAACCGAGUAUGAUGGUACCUUCCCUAUGGCCCGGCUGAAUUGUUUUGCUGUCCUUCGCCUUUGUCAGGAUAUACUGUUAGGAAUCGUAGCUCGCUUGAAGAAACUGGGCACAGCAGCAUGGCUACCAGAGGUCUACGAAUGCGGGCUAUGGGCCAUCGAUGAAGUCAAUAUCCAAAACGCCAUCUGGUGCGUUUGUCUCACGAUGGGGCUUGUUGAUGGCGAGUGGGACGGUGGCUACCAGGUGAACAAGUUCAGUAGUAAAAAUCACAAGCAGAUCAAGGACUACAUGCAGCGCCUGACGCCAGUGGUGAUAAUGCGAGACGUGAUCGCCGAGGUAUGCGAGGGUAAAAACGUGGAAGAUUUUCUCUGGAAGAAUGUUUGA